AUGUUCAAGCCCCGAAAAUUCGACAGGGACCCGUCGCUGGCGUCUGUGAAAUAUUCAAAUGUCGAUCUUACUACAGACUCAGCUCAAUCGACGUCCUUCUUCAACACCACAGCUUUUGCCGGUUGGGAACUCACCAAGAAUGAUAAAUACUGUGUUUCUCGGCUUCCGGCGUUGCCUGUGCUUCUAGAGUCGACUAUGGACGCGGACGGGGCUGACGAAAUCAUCUUCAACGGCUACGCCGAUCAUGCCACAAAAUUCGCCUUGGUUGUGGGACCCAAAGCUAUCAAUGUCUGGCCAUAUAGAUCUACAGAUACUUCACCGCUCACAUUUGAGUUUCCACUUGGCGAUGCCCAGAGCCAAGAAUUGACACUUGCUAUUUUGACCAGACCCUCUGGACCUGUGACUAUGGAUCCUGGUUUGGUGAUAAUUGAGACGAUACAAGGUAGAGUACGUUUCUACGAAAGUGUGCAACACGCCCCAGCGCUUGGCAUCAUCAACAGUGCAAACAUCGAGACGAGAGUUGAUCUUAAAAAUGGCGAAUACAUUACCUUAGCCGAGAAUGUGGAGCCUGCGGGCAUAGUUGUUGCUACGAACUUCAAGAGGGUGGUGCUUGUGAGUCUUCGAGAUGUCCAGGGAAGCCCAAGUUUGUCGACAGUAGAGCUCACAGGUCCACUGAGGGCACUGAGACUCUUCUCGUUUUUCAGUUCGAAAACAGGUUCCGAGGCUGGAGAUGAGAUUGUCAAUAUUAGACUGGGUGGCAGUAACGGCAACGAGCAGGAGAUCAUUGUUCAGGACUCCAAAGGAACCUAUAAGAAGUUUUACUGCAAUCUCGCCAAUGGAAGAGCAUUUGUUGACCAUAAGAAAACUCUCCAUUAUAACUUAACCCCCUAUUUGGAGAAUAAUAUUGACGGAAUCAUUCCUGGAGCCCUCAUCAACACCAAGUUUGUGGGGAUUUGGAAUCUCAAUGUUGCUGGCGCAAAAAACUUGCACACUGCUUUGGUCAGUGUCGAGAGCUUUAUCAACGGCACAGCAGAGAUCAUCUUGCUCUUGGUCACCUUGAAGAUCGAUCAAAGUGGCGUCCUUUUGUAUGGCUCUCAUCAAUUACCCAAAACUCCUUCCUUAAAAGAAGACACAAAGCCUCAGCUUUUUAUUCCCAGUCCAGGUGCCACUGCGUUUGUCGUUGUGGGUAAUUCCGUUAUUAUGACCGACUUGAACACUCCCUUUCUUCAACAAAACGACCUGGGUGAGCCUUCUUUCACGUACUUCAAACCCCAAUGGGAGGACGUUGUUAAGCUCAAGCCCACUGUUGAAAUUGUCGGUCUUGGCUAUGAAAAUUUAGAAGGUAAAUCAACAAACCCGUCGCUUGUUCUUAUCACUAAGAAUUAUGGUGUCUUGAGGGUUGAGAGGUUCCCAGAGACCACUCAAUCAAAGCUGCAGCAAGUAAGGGACCCUACUGAUCCAGUAUACUUGCUCAAGUCUCACAUGCAACAAGCUGUCUUUUACAGGCUGUCUGAGGCUAUGGACUUUGAUGUUGACCCUAUUUACCUGUUGGAGGAUGUGAAUGCUGGGGUAAAGAGUAUUGUAGAUGAAGUGAUGAACUCACUGAGCUCGUCGCUUCCCCCAAUAUUUUCGUCUACAAGGGAUUCCCUCUUGACGAGAGCUAAUGCUCUACGGGAACUAGUUGUGUUCGUGCAAGGCAACUUUGUGGAGUUUUGGCCCCUAGUGAUCCCGCAGAUUGUUGACGCUCUCGAAAAGUUGGAUGCUGCUCAACACUUGUGGGCUCUAAUUGACUCUGGAUCUGCCGAGGCUGCUCUUUUGAAGGAGAGAAUCACUACUAUCAUCCAAGAAUCACGUUAUGUUGCUAGCUCUACAGAUAUUGUGAGAUCGUUCUUCACCUAUGAAGUGGAAAAAAUCGACAUCUUGACGACUGAGCUCCUCAAAUCAUUGCAGUCAUCCAACUAUUCUGACCGUACUGUGAUAAAGAUUCUUAUUGGCGUUUUAUAUGAAGGUGUGUUGAAGAACGAAGCUAGAUACGUGUCAGACGUCCCUGAGAUCAAGCCUACUAAGCACUGGCUUUACAAAACUGAUUUACUUGAUGUCGCCUGUACAGCUUUCCAGAAAGCUUAUGGUUCUUCUAGUCGGGCGUUUGACACCUUCUCAUCACAAGAUAGAUUGGAUCUAGUUAGUUUGUGUGAGGCGCUUUACUACACCAUCACAAGAGCAAUUCAAGCAAUGCAAGACAAGGAUGAUCAUAACCUUGCAUCCUACGUCAAUUGGUACAGAACGAAUCGCAAAGUCUGGAUUGCGGCUUUGUUGAAGCAUGGACUCGUCGAAGAGGCGAAGGCCAUUGCUGAGAAGUUCCAAGACUUCUUUUCGCUUGCAUACAUUUUAGAAACCGAACGCGAUAGUAUUCCAAAUGAUGUGGUUGACAAUCAGAUCAAUCAAUACAUUGAGGUACAUGGCUACGAGUUUGCAUCCAAAUUAUUUGAACAUUACAUGAAGGCGGAUCAAGUCCAGCGUAUUCUACUCAACUAUAAAGACAACAAGUAUCUUGAUCAAUUUUUGCGAGCUAACUCUAAAAGACAUGCCCAGGUCGCAUGGAUUCACCAUUUGCAAUGCAAAGACUUUGAAAACGCAUCAAAAGUUCUCAACUCACUCGCCUCCAGGAAGGAAACGGAUAAUCAAGAGAAUCGUGAAUUAUGUCUCUCUUUGGCGAAGUUAACUGCAAUUGCCGCAAAGUUUGAUCAGCACGGAACACCAAACGCGAUGAAUCUCGAGUACUCUAUAAUUGAGACAGAAAACAAUCUUGUGGCUGUUCGGAUACAAAAUCACCUACAUGAGAUUUUGUCAGGGUUUGUUCAAAACAAAAAAGAAUUAAUAACUAUGGAGUACUUUCAGCAAAACUUUGUCAAUCCAAAUUUGGGGGAGGGUGCCAUAGAAGAAGUCAGCUCUUUCUUCGAUAGAUUUGCUAAUCAAAAGGUCUUGACAAAGGAACAGCUCAUAGCCAUUCUCACAAGUGUCAAACCAAUUGGUCAAUUGAAGCUGGUAUUCAGCGAUGCAUUGAAAGUUUCACUGACCAUUGAAAAUGAUCUAGUUUUCCAGGAACAAGCAACAAAAGUAUGGUUGCGAUUAUUGACCACGACUGAUGAUUGGGACAAAAUUACAGACACGAGCGAAAACACUGACGAUGUCAAUAAGGCCAAAGUCCGCGACUCGAUCUUCUUCCACACGUUAUCACAACUUGAAGGAAAUAGCGAGCAUUUCAAGUAUCUCGAUGUGCUUUUGAGCAAUGCUGAAAAGAACCCCGGCGGUGAUGCCAUUGAGAAAAAGCUCCACAGACUUGUCACAGAGAAGUCGUUGAAACUCUGGGUUGAAAGCAUUAAAGCUGAUGUAAUUGCGCUGACGCGUUAA